ACUUCUUCAUUUCCAUUUUAACAUUUUUCUCUUUCUUAAUUUCUGGGUUUCUCUCUCUCUCUCUCCCUUUCUCUCUGUAAUUUUUUUUUUGAUGAUUUGAUGAAGAGCUCGAGGAGUUUAGGAAUGGAAGCUACAGAGUUUUAGUAGCAUUUUCUUUCUGCUUUUCUGGGGAUUUAAUUUCUGACUGAAAAAAGCUAGCUUUUUUAUUUUUGGGUUAAAGGGUGGACUUUUUUGUGGUUUUCUUGGUCUUUUAUGGAGGCUUCAUUUGUGGGUUAUGGUUUUGAUUGAAUUUUGUAAUGCUGAGGAGCAGAUCGAGAAAAGCAGUGAGCAGAAAGAAGCAAGGAUUCAUGGCGGCUGAGCAGCAGAUAUGUGUACCCGCGUCUUCCCCGACCCAGAGCCCGAAAAAGCCCGUUUCGUCGUUCUUGGGUUCUCCGAGGAUCUUUAAUGGGCUUUUGGGGAGGACUCUGUCAGGAUCGGAGAACGGCGGGGGCGGGAUGAGCAUAAGCCCGACUUCCAUUUUGGGCCAUCCUUUGGGGUAUGAGAGAAGCCCGAGCCCGACUCGGAACACCAGCCCACUGCCCGAAUCCUUGGGAGUCGGGCUGGCAAUCAUUGACUCGUCUCCCGAAAACCGGAGUGUUCUGUUCGGGUCAAAGCUGAGAGUCCAAAUCCCGUCUCUGAUAUCUCCGGUGGAGUCCCCGAAGUCUCCGGCGGAUUUCGGGAUCAAGACUCCCCGGAAUCCGCCAUUGCUGAGCUUUUCCGCUCAGCCCAAAGAGUCCCCGCCGGUGGAGAAUCUCUCCCUGAGCGAGAUGGAGCUCUCGGAGGACUACACGUGCGUGAUCACCCACGGCCCGAACCCGAAAACCACACACAUAUUCGAUAAUUGCGUGGUAGAGAGUUGCUGUGGUGUGAUGAAGCUUUCAGAAGUGAGAAGGGAGAAUUCUUCUUCUUCAUCAUCAUCUUCCCCUGCAACCUCUCCUUCACUGAGUUUUCUGAGGUUCUGCCAUGGCUGUGAGGUCAAUCUUGGAGGUGGAAAAGAUAUCUACAUGUAUAGGGGGGAGAGAGCGUUUUGCAGCGAAGAAUGCCGCAGCCAAGAGAUGGGUUUGGAGAUUGAAGGAAAGAAGAAUGGCCUCUGAGAGGAUACAAGAAGAAGGCAAGCCUAAAUGAUAGAUUUUGGCUACAGAGGGGAUUUGGAUUUAGCAUCUUUUAAAGUUUAGAUGCUGUUUUUUAAGCUUUUUCCAAGAUUUGACUUGUGAGCGAGCAGUGAUCAGCCGAAAGAUGAAAUGACGCUGAUCAAGAAUUGCACCAUUUAGUGAUAUUUAUGAAAUAUAUAAUAAUGUUAUUAUUGUUUUCAAGUUUCAGUCUAUAUUGUAUUCCCUGCUGCAUAUAUUUAGGUGAUGUGAAGCCUCCUUUAAUGAAACUGUUUGAUUUGUUUAUUAUUUUA